AUGCAGGCACUUUAUAUCCCCACCGAAAUCACUGCCGUUAAUACCAUUAUUCAUUUUUGGCGUGAUGACUAUUCACCUGCAAUUACAUUUGUUAUUCAAAUUGUCAUAUACGCUGUCAUCAACAUGUAUGCGGUAAGAGUAUUUGGUGAAUGUGAAUUUUGGUUUUCAUUGGCAAAGUUGAUUCUUUGCAUAGGGUUGCUAUUUUUCACAUUGAUCACCAUGUGUGGUGGUAAUCCCAAACAUGAUGCAUUUGGGUUUAGAAACUGGCAUGUGGCUGGUGGCCCCAUUGGAAUGAAGUAUGCUACGGGGAGCUUGGGUAGAUUUCAAGGGUUCUUGGCUUCGCUUCGAUUAUCAAGUUCUUUCACUUGUGUUGGAAGUGAAUACGUUAGUAUGACUGCUGGUGAAUGUGUCAACCCUAGAGUCAAUAUGGCGAUUGCUUUUAGAACUGUUUUGUAUCGUUUGGUGUUUUUCUACGUUGGGGGAGCAUUAUCAGUUUCAAUCUUGAUUGCCUACAAUGACCCCAGAUAUGUUGAAUUAACGUCAGCAAGUGCCAAUGGUGCUUCUUCACCAUACGUUGUUGCCAUGCAAAAUAUGGGAGUUCAAGUGCUAUCGCACAUUGUCAAUGCAGUCAUUGUCACAGCAGCGUUUUCCGCUGGUUGUUCAUACACUUAUACAUCAUCUCGAUGUUUAUACAAUUUGGCGAAAAAGGGGUUUGUUCCUAAAUUUUUCAGAAUUUGUACCAAAAAGGGUAUUCCUAUUUAUUGUGUUCUCCUUUCAUGUUGUUUUGCAUUAUUGUCAUUAUUACAAUUGGGUAGAUCUGGAAGUGUUGCAUUAAAUUAUAUGUUCAAUUUGGUCACUGGUGCUCAAAUUCUCAAUUAUGGAUUCAUGGGUAUAACAUAUAUUGGGUUUUAUCAUGCCGUUAAAGCACAAGGCAUUGAUCGAAGAAAAUUCACUUAUAGAUCAUGGUUCCAACCAUAUUCCAUUUAUUUCGCUACAUUCAUUUAUUGGUGCAUUAUUGGAUGUUUAGGAUACCAAGUGUUUUUACCAGGUAUGUGGAAAGUUGACGAUUUCCUAUUCAGUUAUGUUAUGAUUUUUGUUUCAUUGGCUGUGUUUAUUGCAUGGAAACUUUUCAAAAGGACCAAAUUUAUCAAACCAAGAGAUGCCGAUUUGACAACUGGUCUUGAUGAGAUUGAGGCUCAUGAAGCUGAAUUUUAUGCACAAAUGGAGGAAAGUAGUCAAGAUGAAAAGAAGAGCAGGUGGAAGAGUUAUUUGAACUGGGUGUUUUAG